AUGGUGAAGCCGCGUAACAACAAAGCUGGCAAGAAGACGGAGGAAGGUGGCCGCGGAAAGGAGCAUGCGACGAACGUAACUGACGUACCUGUGCCUGACGCUGCUGACAAGAGUCGGCCCAUUUCACCAGCGACGCCUGCCGUGUUUGGUCCUUUUGAAGACCUGCUAGAUCUGCAAAACAAGGCGGAUAAUGCUGCUGACCCUGGUGACGGUACCGCUGUUGACGAGGCUGAUUAUGAAGGACAAGAUCAGGGCCCGGCGAAGGAAGGUGCUGCUGAUACGGACAAUAAGGAUGAUGAAGAAGAGGACUUGUCUGAUCCGGUCCCUGAGGAUGAAGACGAUGGGUAUCUGAGCGAUGGCUCGGACGAGCACCUGGAACCUGCUUCGCUUUCCAGUGCUUUGGCUUUGAAGCGAUUCUCACUAACCUUGCUGGUGCCGAUCCUCAGGAAAGCGGAGGUUAAGCGCGCGGCUGUGACGAUUGCUGCGUUGUUGGAUGACUGGAAGGACCAGUUAACUCCGGAUGUGCUGCAGACAACGACCUACCAGGAGCUCACGGCGACCUUUUUCUCUGGCACACGCUAUGGUCGGCUGCAAGUCACGUUUAACCACGUCAGAGAUGCGAACUUCGUAUGGAACCAGGUCAUCAAGCAUGAGUGUGUGAAUGGGGACAUCAUCGAUCUUACCUGGCAGUUCCCUGAAGAUGCGCGUUUCCUCCGUGAACGCGUUCUGAACCCGUUGGCACAGGAGGUGGUGGUCAAGGGGGUGCCAGCCGAGAUCUCUGCGGAGCUUAUUCGCCAUCUGCUGGUGGUGUCAAAGCUGGUCAAGCGAGGCAGGAGUGCCUUCGCCAGCGGCUUUGGCUUUCACCGAACGCUGGACUCGGUUUCUGGGCUCGAUACUGACCCUGCAUCCCUGAAAGCCACCAGCCUCCUGAAACGAAUCCUGAAAGAUCCUGCAGUUAUUCUCACCUCCACAGGAGGGAUGCGGGAGGAGUGGGUGUGUGUGCAGACCGUGUGCGAGAAGGCACAGGGGAACCGGUUCGAACAAGCAGCGGCUCACGUUGCAUCUGCCAAGCACAAGGGGGGUCUGCGAACAGAAGGAGCGGCAACCCGCGCCAGCAAGCAUUCCCAGAAGAUGGCUGCUUUCAAGAAGGACUUCAUUGUCAAGCAGUCAGCGAAGUGA